UCGGAGUUGUCCCUGAUGACAUGUGUAUGUCAAAUUGUAAGUCCCGCACAUUUGCCAUCCCGGUGUAGGUUUUUACUCGUAGCCAUGUCGUUAAGAAUAUAUAUCUCGGCCCACGUCUUCUCGACUGGCUCUUAGUGGUUAAGUUCCUUCUUUCUUUCACGUGUUUAUGUUAGCUCGAUUUAGCAUGCCACGAAGCUUGGACGUUAAACUUCAGCGUUAGGUUGGGUAACUAAACGUCACCAGCUGAAAUGUGUAAGAGUGAAGCGUCCCGCGAAGAGAGGUUUCCAGGUUAUUUGUGAAACAUGAGUGGCUCAAAGCCAGACAUCCUCUGGUCUCCCCACCACCCGGACCGCUAUGUCAUUUGUGACUCUGAGCUGGGACUGUACCGAAUUGGACCCGUGGGUAGUGCGGAAACCAAGGCUGGUACUCUCCCACUGUCUGAAGAAACUGCUGCUACUCUACUCGCCAUUAACUCCGACACCCCUUACAUGAAAUGUGUGGCCUGGUAUCCAAAACACGAGCCCGAGUGUUUGCUAGCCGUGGGCCAAGCUAACGGCAGAGUCGUGCUCACUAGCUUGGGCCAGAGCCACAAUUCUAAAUGUAAAGAACUCAUGGGGAAGGAGUUUGUGCCCAAGCACGCCCGCCAAUGCAACACUUUAGCCUGGAACCCCGUGGACAGCAAUUGGCUUGCUGCGGGGCUGGACAAACACAGAGCGGACUUCUCUGUGCUCAUUUGGGACAUCAGCAGCAAGUUUUCUCCAGAGGCAAGUGUGACAGCUGAAAAGAUCCGCCUUUCAUCUGUGGAUUUGGACUCAGGCAUGGUGGUAACUAAACCACUUUAUGAAUUAGGGCAGAAUGAUGCCUGCCUUUCCCUCUGCUGGCUACCUCGAGACCAAAAGCUGCUGCUGGCAGGUAUGCACCGUAAUCUAGCCAUAUUUGAUCUGAGGAACACCAGCCAGAAGACAUUUGUCAAUACUAAGGCCAUCCAGGGGGUGACAGUUGACCCACACUUCCAUGACCGUGUAGCAUCCUUCUUUGAGGGACAGGUAGCCAUCUGGGAUCUUAGGAAGUUUGAGAAGCCUGUGCUGACGCUGACUGAGCAGCCCAAGCCACUUACUAAGGUGGCCUGGUGUCCCACUCGCACCGGCCUGCUGGCAACAUUGACGCGUGACAGCAACAUCAUCCGUCUUUAUGAUAUGCAGCAUACACCAACGCCCAUCGGCGAUGAGACAGAACCCACCAUCAUUGAGCGGAGCGUUCAGCCUUGUGAAAGCCAGAUUGGCAGUUUUGCCUGGCAUCCAUCCUCUCAAAAUCGCAUGGUGGUGGUGUCCACUGCCAACCGGGUCAUGACCGACUUCACCGUGUUUGAGCGCAUCUCGCUGGCCUGGAGCUCUACCACCACACUCAUGUGGGCUUGUGGGCGGCAUCUGUACAACUGCGCCGAGGAUGUGGCUGAGGGGGCAGAGAGCAUGAUCGAAAGAGACAUAGCCACCAAGAUGAGAAAGAGGGCCCUUUCCAGGUAUGGCCAUGAUACCGAACAAGUGUGGAGGAACCACCUGCUUGCAGGAGGGGAUGACUCUCAACUCAAAUCCUUGUGGUAUGACCUAUAUUAUAUGAAGCAGUGCACAGAUGAUAUGGAUUUGAAACUGCAGGGGAAUAAACACUCUGUGGUCUACUCUGGUAUCAAGAACAUUAUCAAAACCAGCUCAGGCACAACGGAGAGCCAUAGGUGCUGGAGUGGCUCUGACCGGCAGACGGAUGCACCACGAUACCACAGUGAGGAGCGCAAUCUGGCCCUGAGGCUGUGCGGCUGGAUAAGUCGGGAGCCCGACAUCGAUGUGGAGCCCUUCCUGCGCUCCCUGGAGCAGGAGGGUGAGUGGGAGCGAGCUGCCGCAGUGGCUCUCUUCAACCUGGACAUCCGCCGGGCUAUCCUGAUCCUCAACAAAGGAGCCACUGCUGAAAAGGGUGACCUGAACCUGAAUGUGGUGGCCAUGGCUCUGUCAGGGUACACUGAGGAGAAGAGCUCCCUAUGGAGGGAGAUGUGCAGCUCCCUGAGGCUGCAGCUGAAAAACCCUUACCUCUGUGUCAUGUUCGCCUUCCUUACCAGUGAGCCCGGGGCCUAUGAUGGAGUGCUGUAUGAGAGCAGUGUUGCCGUGCGGGACCGAGUGGCCUUUGCUUGUAUGUUCCUCAAUGAUGCACAGCUGCCCCGCUACAUUGAGAAGCUGACCAGUGAGAUGAAGGAAGCAGGCAACCUGGAAGGCAUCCUGCUGACGGGGCUAACUAAAGAUGGUGUGGAUCUGAUGGAGAACUAUGUCGACCGUACUGCAGAUGUCCAGACUGCCAGUUUCUGCAUGCUCAAGGGUUCCCCAGGUGAGGUGGUGAAGGACCCACGUGUUCAAUGCUGGAUUGAAAAUUACCGGAACUUGCUAGAUGCGUGGAGGUUCUGGCACAAACGGGCCGAAUUUGACAUCCAUAGGGGAAAGUUGGACCCCAGUUCAAAACCCCUGGCCCAGGUGUUUGUCAGCUGCAACUUCUGCGGGAAGUCCAUCUCCUACAGCUCCUCAGCCAUGCCCCAUCAGGGCCGUGGUUUCAGCCAGUAUGGCGUCAGUGGCUCACCCACCAAGUCAAAAGUGACAAGCUGCCCUGGCUGCAGGAAACCCCUUCCGCGCUGUGCCCUCUGCCUUAUGAACAUGGGCACGCCUGUUUCCAACUCCCCAGGCACAGGAAAGUCAGAUGAGAAAGUGGACCUGACAAGAGAGAACAAGCUGGCCCAGUUCAGCAACUGGUUCACCUGGUGUCAUAACUGCCGACAUGGUGGUCACGCUAGCCACAUGCUUAGUUGGUUCAGAGACCAUACAGAGUGUCCAGUGUCGGCCUGUACUUGUAAAUGCAUGCAACUGGACACUACGGGGAACCUGGUGCCUUCAGACAGCAGUUAAAGAUGGAGGAUCCCAUCUGAACCCCUAACUAAAACACCAGCCUUCAAGCUGCCCAGUAGGAGCUCUCUACUGCACCUGCUGCAUCAAGAGCUGGGUCAGGCGCAAAGGGUGCUGGUAGCACACUCAGCUCUGCCUGAAUAGCACGAAUUACUGUUGCCAGGUGUGAAUGUAACACUGUAACAUGGCAAUUUGAUGACAAGAAGGGAGGCAGUGUGUGUUAAUGAUGUAACUAAUUUAAUGAAGGAAAGGGAUCAAAUGCAGCUCAGUACCCUACUUGUGACAAUUGGAGAUCCCAAUCAGGAGAAUGAGAGGAUGCACUGUGAUCAGCCUCUUAUAUUACCUCAAUCAGUAUGAUGGUUUUUAUUGUGAUUUAUUAAAAAAAUAAAAAAAUAGAAUAAAAUGUAUACUCACAUCAGGUGUAUGAUGUGAUCAGAGGUGCCAUACAUUUGUGUUUUCCUUCAAAGCAUUAAUUUCCUUGUGGUUUUUAAUAUCUUUGUUUGGGUUACAGAGGAAAAUUCAGAUACCUCAUAAGAGUGUUGUUCUGGGAAGAGUGCUAAUGACCCUCCCUUCCCUCUGGGAGAGGCACAUAUGUACAAUAAA